AUGAAACGGCACGGUGGUGAAGACGGAUACAUAUAUGGAUAUGGAGGUGGUUAUUCGACUGGCAAAAGACAACGCGCCGAUGGUUACCAAGAGGCUUUGGCUGCUGGCAAAUAUGAAUUGCGUUUAUUGGUGCCGAGUCGUGGGGCUGGGGCUGUGAUUGGCAAGGGGGGUGAGAGCAUUAAACGGCUCAGAUCCGAGUGCGACGCGACCCUGACAAUCCCCGAUAGCCAGACGCCCGAACGAAUUGUAACUAUUGUUGCGGAAAUUGAUAAUGUCAUUCGAUGUGUCAAUGAAAUCAUUCCGAGAUUGGAUGAGUGUUUGAAGACAAGAGAGUCGAAUAAUGAGGAUGGUGAUAGUCAUCAUGGCGAGAGUGAGUUACGUGUCUUAGUACAUCAGUCUCAUGCUGGUGCAGUGAUCGGUCGAGGAGGAUAUCGCAUCAAGGAACUACGUGAAGAAACAAAUACUCAAUUGAAGGUUUAUUCGCAGUGUUGUCCACAGUCAACUGAACGAGUCAUUCAAAUUAUUGGUGCACCUGAAAAAAUAAUCGCUUGUGUUAUUCUUAUUAUCAACAUGUUGAAAGAGAUUCCGAUCAAAGGACCAUCACGCCCCUACGAAUCCAUGUUCUACGAUCCAACAUACACCCACGAAUACGGUGGAUACGUGCCAGAUCGUAACUAUAGAGGGGGUGUGGUGCCUCCUCGAGGAGGUGCUUUCUUACCGGGGGCCGGGGGUAUGCCUCCCCAACGAGGACGAGGCGGGGGUGGCGCUGGUUACGGCGGAUAUGGCGCCGCGAGAGGUGGUGCUGUUGGUAUGGCUGCUGGCAUCGCUCCAUAUCCACCUUCACCUUUCGGUGGACCGAUGCAAACUACACAGGUAACGAUACCGAACGAAUUGGGUGGCACGAUAAUUGGAAAGGGAGGUGAGCGCAUCAACCGCAUUCGAGAGGAAUCGGGUGCACACAUCGUGGUCGAGCCACAGCAACCAAACACCGAACGCAUCAUCACCAUAUCAGGCACUCAUGCUCAGAUACAAACUGCACAGUACUUACUACAGCAGUGGUUUGUUAUUUCUUUACUUGUUGUUUUUUUGAUUGUUACUCUCAUCGGUUACUUUCAGUGUUCGUACGUCGAUCGCGGGCAGAAAGUAUUUGAGCGAGCAUUGAUUAUUGGAUGGAAUAUCAUCUCAUUUGUAUCUCACUUUAUUUUUAUGAAUGCUGUUAUGAAUAUUGAUUUGAUGAUGGUGUUCUUUUUGUGUUGUCAAGUAUAUUUUCAUUACAUUUAUUGUCAGUUGAGUUGUCUGCAUUGA